AUGGUCGAGCAGGGGCUCCCACACGAGUUUGUGGCGGUCGAUCAGGGUCUCCCGCAUCAUGCGUCGACAGACGAGUAUGGGCUAUUCACGUCGCGCGAUUUCUACAUCCUGGACGAGGACAUCCAGCGUCUAGAGGGGUGCAGAUUUUACACCUGA